AUGAGUGCCCUUCUUUUUUCGUUGAUGCUAUUAGUGGCUCUUAGCAAUAAUCUGUACAUAGGUGCACAUCCUUAUGCAGAUGACUUUCCCUAUACCGGGCUCCGUCCAACGUCGAUAUCGGUUGCUUCGCCAUCUAAUAUAGGUGAAACAAAAAUAUUACUCAGUGGUGGCGCAUCUAAAGGCGCAGCAAGUGGUGAUAGUAGUAACGAUGCACGCAAUCAUCGCAAGGAAUAUGCGUUCAACGAGGCCGGUAGCAUCGGUUCAGCAUCAGAUGCCGUGCGUUUCCAUAAACUCGACAAUCAACUGAAUGGCCACAGAGUGCUAGAUGCCAGUAAGGGAAGCACUGUGGACAAGCUAAAUCACCUAGCGGGUGAGAAUUUCGAGGCGGACAAGUCGCACAACCGCAAACACAUCAAGUCGGGUUUCUCUAACUCGUAUCACAAAGAUGAAAGUGGUAGCAAGAGUUCAUUCUACGAGGAUUCCGAUGAUCAUGGUGGGAAACAAGUGUAUGAUAACCGGCACAAUCUACAUAAUGGCUACGGUGACAAGCUGUAUACCCAGGACCGUCGUAAUGAAUAUCUACGUGACCAUUAUAACGACCGAGCAUCCGGUAGUGACCUGCACGAUGGACACAAUCACCUUCGGGCCGGAGCAUUGGAUCGAGGUAAUACGUAUGGUCAUCGUGAUAACUAUGCGCACAACGGCCACAAUCUGCGCCACUACGACCUGAUGGCAUACGGAGGUUUCGAUUAUUAUCAACCAACAAGAAACUACCAUCACUACGAUGACUUAUAUCGACGGCGGUCAUACUACAGUCCGCGACCUACCUUCGCGACGGGUUCGAUGCAACCGGCACCUAUCAUGAUCUACGAGGAUCCUCGUGAUUAUGCACCCCAUCCGCGGGAUCCCUAUCCAAUACGCGAGGUACGUGACGGUUCUUCCGUUCUUAGCAGAGACGCUGAAUACUACCAUGACACUCCGUCUAUUGGUCAGCAAAGACGACUAAUUUAUCGCAGCACCCCAACCCCUCUACCGCAAAUCUAUGACCAUUAUUGA